GUCGAUGAAUUAAUAGACGUGGUAUGUGUUAUGCGUUAAGUUGCCCAACAUAUCGUACAGUACGACCGCCUCCACUAUACGUUCAGUCUAUCCGCGGCAGCCAACAUGUACAGGGCGGGAGCGUUGGUACAGCGCCACGGGCGGGCACUCUCAACGGUAGGCCGCAGAACACUGAACCACAGCAAGAGGUCCCCCGCGGGCGUCCCUGCCCUGGCCCCCGUAACGUCCUUCCGCCACGUGCACACCACAGCGCCCGCCGCGAAGAAGGACGACAAGGACAAGCGAGUCCCGAGACCGACCUUGACGAAGCGCACCCCGACGCCCGAGGUGAAGAAGGCGGCGGCAAAGGUCGCGGGCUGGAAGGACACAUGGGACCCCAAGAAGCCGUCCAGCGCCUCGAAGGCCAUCGCGGCGGCCCUGGGGAAGAAGGGCGGCGACGGGAAGGCGCCGGAGGCCUCGUCAGCCUUCAAGGGCGCGACGCUGAAGGACAUCAUUGCCGCGCAGCCGGAGAUCCUGCAGCCGGCGAAGAAGAGGGAUGAUUCAUCUUCGUCUGACUCCGACAAGGCUCCGGAAAAGGCCGCAGCGGCGGGUGAGAAAACAGAGGCAGCUGCGCCAGAACCUGUGAAGGAAACAGCAGGAAAGGAACCAGUCAAGGAAGCAGAACCAGCUGCAGCUGCUCCAGAACCAGCUGCAGCUGCACCAGAACCAGCUGCAGCUGCACCAGAACCAGCUGCAGCUGCACCAGAACCAGCUGCAGCUGCUCCAGAACCAGUCAAGGAAGCAGAACCAGCUGCAGCUGCUCCAGAACCAGUCAAGGAAGCAGAACCAGCUGCAGCUGCACCAGAACCAGCUGCAGCUGCUCCAGAACCAGUCAAGGAAGCAGAACCAGCUGCAGCUGCACCAGAACCAGCUGCAGCUGCUCCAGAACCAGUCAAGGAAGCAGAACCAGCUGCAGCUGCACCAGAACCAGUCAAGGAAGCAGAACCAGCUGCUGCUGCACCAGAACCAGUCAAGGAAGCAGAACCAGCUGUUGCUGCUGCUCCAGAACCAGUUGCCGCAGCCGCAGAACCUGUCCCAGAACCAGUCCAAGAAGCAGCGGCAGCGGUCCCUGAAUCAGAAGUUUCUCCAGAGGCUUUGUUGCAACAAGCAGAUGCUGCUGCAGCAGCGGAAGCCGCCGCAGCAGCCGCUGUCGCUGCAGUAGAAGCAGUAUCCACAACGCCUUUGAGUGAAGACACCGGAGAAGAGCCGUUGGGAAAAGUAACAGCUGUCAUCGGUGCCGUGGUCGACGUGCAAUUCAAGGGAAGUCUUCCACCUAUUCUCAAUGCCCUGGAGGUGGAGGGUCGCACGCCGAGACUCGUGCUGGAGGUGGCGCAGCAUCUCGGCGGUAACACAGUACGAACAAUUGCCAUGGACGGCACAGAAGGCCUUAUACGUGGACAAACUGUGACUGAUUCCGGCAGUCCCAUUUCAAUUCCAGUUGGUCCGUCGACACUCGGCAGAAUCAUGAAUGUUAUCGGCGAGCCCAUCGACGAGAGAGGACCCAUCGACUCCAACGCCUUCGCCGCCAUCCACGCAGACGCACCGAGCUUCGAGGACAUGAGUGUUGAACAGGAGAUCCUUGUGACGGGCAUCAAGGUGGUGGACAUGCUGGCCCCUUACUCGAAGGGAGGGAAAAUUGGUUUAUUCGGUGGUGCUGGCGUGGGCAAAACCGUACUCAUUAUGGAGCUCAUCAAUAACGUGGCCAAAGCUCAUGGUGGAUACUCUGUCUUCGCCGGCGUGGGAGAGAGGACGCGCGAGGGAAAUGAUCUGUACCAUGAGAUGAUUGAGUCCGGAGUCAUUUCACUCAAGGAUGAUACGUCUAAGGUAGCCCUCGUGUACGGCCAGAUGAACGAGCCCCCAGGUGCGCGAGCUCGCGUGGCACUCACCGGGCUCACUGUGGCGGAGUAUUUCCGAGACGAAGAGGGCCAAGACGUGCUGUUCUUUGUGGACAACAUUUUCAGAUUUACACAGGCAGGUUCCGAGGUAUCUGCCCUUCUAGGACGCAUUCCGUCGGCGGUGGGAUACCAGCCUACCCUUGCGACCGACAUGGGCAGCAUGCAGGAGCGAAUUACCACGACCAAGAAGGGGUCCAUUACAUCAGUGCAGGCCAUCUACGUGCCAGCGGACGACCUGACGGACCCUGCCCCCGCCACGACCUUCGCCCAUCUCGACGCCACCACCGUGCUCUCCAGGGGCAUCGCCGAGCUCGGCAUCUACCCCGCCGUGGACCCCCUGGAUUCCACGUCGAGGAUUAUGGACCCAAAUAUCAUCGGCGAGGAGCACUACGCGACGGCCAGAGGCGUUCAGAAGAUCCUACAGGACUACAAAUCCUUGCAGGACAUCAUCGCCAUCCUGGGCAUGGACGAGCUCUCCGAGGACGACAAACUGACGGUGUCCAGAGCUCGCAAGAUCCAGAAGUUCAUGUCGCAGCCUUUCCAGGUCGCCGAGGUGUUCACUGGCUACGAGGGGAAGUUCGUCAGUCUUGAGAACACAAUAAAGAGUUUCAAAGAAAUCUUAGGAGGGACCUACGACAAUCUCCCCGAAGCCGCUUUCUACAUGGUCGGCGACGUCACAGAAGUGGAGGCGAAGGCAGCUCAGCUCGCGCAAUAGGGGGGCUUUCCUUGUACAAAAUAAAUUAGAUUGAGAAAUGCUUUUUACUAAUGAUUUAGGAGGAAGUCAGGUAGGGUGUGUAUAAAAAAAAGAGACGAAGGGAUAUUGCAGAAGAGUUAUAGAGACUUAGGGUUGAUGAAAUGUCCAAUGUUGUGAUAAACGCAGAAUAUGAUGGUUUUUAAUAAAAUGAUAUUUUGA